CGUGCUCGCUGUUAAUCAUUUUUCCAGUACAUCGAUGACGGUGUCGUUCAGCAUAGCAGAUCUCGUGACACAAUUGGCAUUUUUUUCCGUUAAUUAAUUUCAACAAAGUGAUUGACAAUGCCGAGAACUAGCAGUCGUAAAAGAAACAGUCGUCGAAUUGAUAGUACAAUCAGGGUUACUUCCAAUUUAUCGCCAAACGCUCCAGAAUUUAUUCCUCUAACAGAUAAUGAUAAUAAUGCUAUUCAAAGAGAAAAUGUGAUCAUUAGAUCAAUGACAUUUAGUGCAAGUUCCAGUGCAUCAAAUAGUAGUGGGAAUAAUAGUAACUCUAAUUGUGAAGCUUCUAGUUCAAUUUCAACUAUACCAGAUGCAUUACAACAUAAAAGUCAAAGAGAUUUACUUAUCAGUCUUUUAAAUGAAUGCAAAGUAGAUUGUGUGAUAUGUUAUGAGCGAGCUAAAAAUGUAGAACAAAUUUGGAACUGUCGUAAUUGUUACCAAAUUAUGCAUUUAAAAUGCGUAUUAGUUUGGUUCCUUAAAUCUCAUCGUAAUGCUGUUUGGAGAUGUCCAGCAUGUCAAAGUGAAAUGACUGGAAAACCAAAAUAUAUUUGUUUUUGUGGAACUUUACCAAAUCCAUAUCAUAAUAAUGUGGAUACUCCUCAUUCAUGUGGUCAAGUUUGUGGAUUGCAAAGAAAAAAUUCUAAUCUAAACUAUGACGAUUGUCAUCAUAAGUGUACACUACUUUGUCAUCCUGGUCCUUGUCCACAAUGUGUUGUACAAGUCUUAAGAUCAUGUGCAUGUGGAAAAAAACGAGUUUAUGCUCAAUGUGGACAGUCAACCCAGAUUAUAUGCAACAAUAUUUGUUUCAAAACAUUAAACUGCUUUUCCCAUAAAUGUGAAAAAAUGUGCCAUGUUGGCAGUUGUGAACCAUGUACUAAAGGCUGUCCUCAAAAUUUUAAUCCUCCAGAAGAAACUUUCGCUAUGUCGAAUGAAAGAUUUGCUAAUGCAAUUUUAGAGGUUAAUCGAUUACCGCCUGAAUCAAUAGUAACAGAGGAAGAAUUAAGAAUGCUAGGGUUGAAUCCAGAAGAAUUAUUUGAACGCAGGAAUGUUCCUAAUUCAUAUUAUUCUGCUUCUCAUAUUAAUAAUAUUGUUGCUGGUAUUGGUCAUUUUUAUCAAGAAGAAGAUGGUUCUGUUGAUGAUUUAAUUGAUGAAAAUAAUGUGGAACGAAUUGUAUAUGGUAUAGAUUAUGGAAUGAAUAGUCGUUCAUUAUUUCCUUCGAUGUUACAUUUCCCACGUUCUGUUUACCCUCGUGGCGAUUCAUUUUUUGAGAAUUACUCUGAUGACAGUGAAGAAAAUAGUGAUUAUGAAGUAGAAGAUGACGAUGAUGGUGAUGGUGAUGAUGAUGAUGAUGAUGAUGAUGAUGAUGAUGAUAAUGAUGAUGAUGAUGAUAAUGAUUAUGAAGAUUGUGACUCAAAUAAUGAUAAUCAUAUAUGUUAUUGUGGGAAAUCAGAGCGACAAGUACCAUGCACUCAAGAGAAUGCCAUGGUGAUGUAUUACAGCUGUGGAAAUCUGUGUGAAAAAAAAUUGUCUUGCGAAAAUCACUUAUGCCAGAAAGUGUGUCAUGUAGGUCAAUGUGACCCAUGUAUAGCUUUAUCUGUUAAUAGAUGUCCUUGUGGAAAACGGUCAUUGACUGAAGAUGAACUUGGCAACCGUACAUUAUGCACACAACCAGUACCCACGUGUGACCAACCAUGUGGAAAACCUCUAGAAUGUGGUCCCCCAGAAAAUCCACAUCUUUGUGAACAAAAGUGUCACGAAGGCCCAUGUGUUCGCUGUGAACGGAAAACCAAAUAUGUAUGUAAAUGUGGUAGUAGAUCCAAGGAAAUAAAAUGUAAUUCUGUGACUAGUGAAUUGACUUGCAAAAAAAAAUGUAACAAGAUGAUGUCUUGUGGUAAACAUAGAUGUAUGACAGUAUGUUGUAAUGCACAAGAACAUAUAUGUACUAGAACUUGUAAUGGACUAUUAAAUUGCCGUAAACAUCGUUGUGAUCGUGUCUGCCAUACUGGCAGCUGUGCAAUAUGCUUUGAAGCAAGUUUUGAAGAGUUAUAUUGUCGUUGUGGCAAUAGUUUCAUUUCUCCUCCCAUCAGGUGUGGUACUCGUCCGCCAUUAUGUACAUUACCUUGUUCAAGGGAACAUGAAUGUGAUCAUCCAGCUACUCAUAUAUGUCAUGACGAGGAAGAAUGUCCUCCUUGUAUAGCUCUGACUGAAAAGUUAUGUUAUGGUGGUCAUGAGCUGCGAUUUGCUAUACCAUGUCAUAUAAAAAAUGUAUCAUGUGGAAUGCCUUGUGGCAUUCCACUUCCCUGCAAAAGACAUACUUGUGUCAAACCAUGUCAUCCACCACCAUGUAACACUGGUCCAUGUCAGUUACCAUGUAAUUUACCUAAAACGGAUUGCAGUCAUCCAUGUUCUAAACCUUGUCAUGAUGGUUCAUGUCCGCCAGUAGCAUGCAAAAUAAUGGUGAGUGUUAGUUGUAUUUGUGGGAAUUUGACAGAAGCUAGGAUAUGUUCUGACCCCAAGGUGGUUGAAUAUCGUCUUCAAGUUAAAGUACAAUCAAUGAACUUCCUAGACAAUAUUGUUAACUCAUCGCCAAUCAUAAAGUCGUAUAAAAUUUUGGAGUGUACAACAGAAUGUGCUAAAUUAGAAAGAAAUCGCCGUAUUGCCCUUGCACUUCAAAUCCGCAAUCCAGAUUUAUCUCCUAACGUCACUCCUCGAUAUUCAGAUUUCAUGAAAGAAUUUGCAAAAAAAGAUGCAUCAUUCUGUAAUUAUGUCCAUGAAAAACUUGCUUUAUUAGUCACUAAUGCCAAACAAUCUAAACAAAAUUCUCGAAGUCAUUCAUUUGAAGUAAUGAAAUAUGAAAAACGGAAAUUGAUUCAUGAAUAUAGCGAACAUUUUGGAUGUGAAUCAAUAGCUUAUGACGCUGAACCAAAUAGAAAUGUUGUAGUUACAGCUCUUAAAGAAAAAUCAUGGCUUCCCAAUUAUAGUGUGGUAGAAGUUAUACAACGUGAAAGUGGAUGUCCACGAGUCAACCCAUUUGCAAGUAUUCAAAAACGAAACACUGUUAUUCUGAACAAAAAACUUUAAAAUCAUUGAAAUAUUUAUGUUUUAAUUUAGAAUCUAUAAAUUUUUAAAUUGCCUUAAUUUAUUA